GUAAGAACACUUGAAACUUGAGCACGCAAAACUUAUUUUGGUUAAAACUGAAAGUUGGGUGGAGUUAAAUUCAAAAUGAAAUUGUUUUUAGUAUUGAUCGUUUUUGCGUUUUUAAUAGAUUGGACAAUAACGAAAGGAACGUCUAACCGUGAUCAUAAAAAGGAACAUGAAGAAAGCAAAACUCACGACAAACAUAAUAAACAUAAAAUCCAUAAAGAUGAACAUAAAAAUGCAGGGUAUAAAAAGCAUGAAGAAAAAAAGGUGAAACAUGAUGAAAAACGAACAUUUUUUCGCGGUUGCAAUCCGAAAUGCAUUCUUGGAUAUGAAUGUGAAGUGCGUGCAAUAAAUUCUAGAUGUGUGGUGAGAACACCAUCAUUCCAAAGUAAUAAAAUCAAAACAACAACUCCUCAUUACAUCCCAAGAUUUAUGAUAAACGGAGAUCCAGCGUAUGCGGGCUAAUCUUGUGUAAAAAGAAAAAUUGUAAACAUAAUAAAAUAGUAUUUUUCUUUGG